GGCCUGAUACCGUAGUAUUACCGAACUCUCAUACUGGAAACGCUUGGCAAAGGUGCUGUAUUGCCUUUCUUGCUCUCAUUGGUGCUCGGUGCAUGCAUGCUACCGUCGGCUUUGGCUCGGAGAGGAGCCCUGAAUGCUGGCCAAAGGCUGCAUACAAGAAGACUGGUCCGAGCUGCCGACAGAUACUAGUUCGCUUGCUCAUCUCUUUUCCGUCAACGUAAGGCCAACAUUGCUCGCCGUCGCCAAGUUACUCAAGCUGUUCUUGUUGUUACCAUCAACAUGGGAUCUACGCCCCAAGAUAUCACGUACGACUUUGUCAUUUGCGGAGGAGGUACCUCUGGAUGCGUUGUUGCAUGUCGUCUUGCCGAGAUCCCUGGGACCAGUGUUUUGGUUAUCGAAGCUGGCGCACACAGCGAAAACCUCGAGAAUGUCCACAUGGCAGGGGGCUGGUCUGAGUUAUUUGACAAGGAAACCGAUUGGAAUGUCAUCAGUGAGAGGAAGCCUGCUGUCAACAACCGACAGGUAAAGUUGAGCCGUGGCAAGUUCCUUGGUGGGUGUUCUGGCUGUAACGGCACGCUUUGCAUCCGUGGCUCGAAGCAAGACUACGAUGACUGGGAAGUCGAUGGCUGGAGUGGUGAAGAUUUCUUCAAGUACAUUCGCAAGGCAGAGAAGUUCCAUGGCAAGUCUUGGUUUGAAGCAUCCGAUGACCAUGGAAACAGCGGAUACUUGAACAUCGAACCGCAAGGUCUCGCCCCCAUUUCCAACCUCAUCAUGGACUCAAUGAUUUCUAAGGGACUGCCCCUUGACCAUGAUAUGUUUACCCAUGGAAAUAACCCUCAUGGAUGCGGGCAUGUUCCUAGAACAGUCCACAAUGGAUUGCGUAGCACUGCCGCGGACUUUGUUACCAAGGAAAACAAGAAGAACAACCUUGAUCUCAUGGUUGAGACGCAUGUCGAAAAGGUCAUCAUCGAAAACGUAGAUGGCGAGCUUAGGGCUACUGGCGUUCGUGCUAUCAAAGCUGAUGGCUCCGCGGUCCAGAUAAAGGCUAGCAAGGAGGUAAUUGUUAGCGGCGGUGCUUACUGCAGCCCUAACAUUCUCAACCGAUCUGGGAUCGGGGCGAAGUCUGAGCUAGAGGCGUUCGGUAUCCCGACUCUGGUUGACUUGCCAGGCGUCGGUAAGAACCUAAUGGACCAUCUCAUUGUAUUUAUGUUUUACGAGACUGAGAAAGCCGGACUUACAACCGACCAUCACGUCUACCAUGGUGACAAUUUUGCCAAGACAUACGCUCUGUGGAAGGACCAGAAGGCCGGCUUUCUCUCAUCUUUCCCUUUCGGUGCAUUUGCUUACGCUCGUCUGGAUGAGCGUCUUGCAGAUUCGGAUCUGUGGAAGAACGCACCACGUGCUCCUGGCCGUGACCCGAUGGGCCUGACACCGAAGCAGCCAAACAUCGAAUUCUUCACAACGGAGUGCUAUGGUGGACCAAAGCAAUUCGAUAAGUUCCCGACUGAUGGAAAGCAUACUUUUAGCAUGAUUGCCGAGCUAUUUGGCCCUCGGUCUCGUGGCACGGUGACCCUCCGAAACACCGAAGCCACAGCUGUUCCGGUGGUUGACACCAACUAUCUCGCUGACCCUCUUGAUGUCGAGGUCCUGGCAGAGGCGUGUCGGUUCGGCAACGAGAUCAUCAUGGAAGGCAAGGGUACCAAGGAUAUUGUCAAGGGUUCCUGGCCGAGCGACCUGGUGCACCACAAAUACAGAACCCGUGAGGAAUGGAUCCCCUAUGUUCGUGACAAUGCGACAACUUGCUACCAUGCCGCGGGAACUUGCGCUAUGGGAAAGGCAUCAGACCCUAACGCCGUUGUUGACCCUACUCUCACUGUGAAGGGCGUCAAGGGUCUCCGAGUGGCUGACUGUAGCAUCAUGCCUAUUCUCCCUGGAGGCCAUACGCAAAUGCCUGCGUAUGGAAUCGGAGAAAAGGCUGCCGAUCUCAUCAAGGAAGCAUGGAAGUUGUGAUCGCAUCAAGGAGGCUUAGAAAAAUUCAGGUAAAAGCCGAAACUGCUUCUUUUCCCGGCACGACUGGAAAAUCAAAACAUGAAAUCACCAAAACUGGCCAUUGUCUCAUUUAGAUGGCACCAGAAAUCAGAGUCCAUGUCUUGAAGCAGCAGUAGUAAGACAUCA